AUGCAAGAAACUAAACAAGGAGAUGCCAGAAUCUACAUUGUCUCCACCAUUUUCUUCCUCUGCAUCUGCACGGGGGGCGCCUUCUUAUGCCUUUACAUGUUACAACCCAAGGCCGAAUCCGCAUCCUGGUAUCCUGUUGUUGGGAUAGUUCUCAUUGGCAUUCCCUGGAUCUUUUGGAUUACUACUUACCUAUAUAGGUGUUUUGAAGAUUGCGUUUGUGGAAGCAAUGGAGGGAAUCUCAGCAGGGAACUUAGCAGUUUAACCAAGAAACAGUCUUGCGCUGCUGAUGGACAUGUAGGCAAUUCGAUGGAUUCAUUGGAAAAUGAAGGGUCACCUCUGGGAUCGCCUGAUGGUGAUCAUCGUCAUGUUUGUUUCGGUAACAUUGUCGACAAACAUGGUGGUGAAAGUCCACGCAAAGGUGCACGACCUCUCUGAAACAGCACAGGAGGGUAAAGAGAAUGAAAAUCGUAUUUCAGCUGCACCUCGGAAAGGCGAACCACCACUAAUAGUGUUGGAUUCAUCUAAGGUUUCUUCUCUCUUUCUUUCUUUCCUUCUUCUUUUUUUUUUUCCAUAUAUUUGUAACAUUAAGGAUAUACUGAGAUCCCAAAUUCUUGUUCUUCCAUUCUGGUUGACAUGAUAUUGGUUUUCUGUGCCUUCAAUUACUUAUAAAUAAUAAGAAGCUAAACUGAACCAAAUAAUAUAUACUUAAAAUGAUCAUUUUUAUUAAUAGGAUAAACUUAACAUAAAUAAAUUUAACUUUAUUAUUAUAGACUGUUGAAUUGUUAAAGAGUGAUUUAUACAAUUAUAUUCUACUUAUUACAUUUGGAAUUUUGAAGAAUGGAGGAUCUUAGAUGCACAAAAUAUACCCAAAAAAAUAAAUAAGAAAGUAUGAUUUUAAUUUUCUAGAAAAUUUGCAUCUUAGAACUCAACUAAACUGAAAACACAACCAAAAAUUAUAAAAGCGUAUGAAAGCAUGUUCCCUUUGCAGUAAAAAGAUAAUAAGACAUUAAAAGAUUAUCCUAAGGCAAAUUUUGAACCUUGAUAAGAAAACAACCGUAUAGAAUUCUUGUAGCUUAUUUCUGCAAGUUCCUCUUUCCUAAUUUCCAGCAAAUUUGCAACA